CGGUUUGGGUGUGGCCGCAUGGCGUGCUGUGGUGCAGGUGGCCGAAGGGGGCGUUACUGUUGCGACUGGCAUCCGCAUCCGGUAGAUGUAGAUGGAACCAAAGUUCAGAAGUUACGCGUCACCCUUGCUCUACAGCCAAACGUGCAAGACUCUAGUAACCCGCGAAAUGAUGGGAUUGCGUUGCAAAUCCUUAAAAGAGUCCUAAGAAGAGGAGAAGGAAAAAUGUUACAUUGUCAAAGUCCCAAAGCCUUUCAGGAACAAUUGUUCAAAGUUUGUUUAGAACAUCAAGGAGGGAAAUCCGGAUUUUACUUUAAGUGCAAUGGGGAGUCAUUAAGGAUUUUAUGUAGAUACAGCAAAAAGGCAACAAUCUUCAAGCCACAAUGGCCCUCACCAGAACCCAGCCAUGUGGUCAGCCUGAUCUCGGACUUCGCAGCCAACAGAACUUAGAAACGGGGUUUCACCGUGUUAUCCAGGAUGGUCUCGAUCUCCUGACCUCGUGAUUCGCCCACCUUGGCCUCCCAAAGUGCUGGGAUUACAGGCGUGAGCCACUGGGCCCGGCCAGACUUCUCACUUUCUGCCAGAAGAAACCUGCUGGACACUCCCAGAUGGACAAUUUGGAAAUGCAGGAGUUAAUGCCAGGAUAGACAGUGACCAAUGUAAAAUGGGAGCUGAUGGACAUAAGCUUCCCUCUUUAGUCCUAGCGGAUACAGUCCUGAAAUACAACUAAUUAGGUCCCAGAGGGUGGAGCUAGGGUUGCCCCUAGUGAUGGCCAACUCACUUUCAAGUCAACUACUGCAUGCAAGCUUUUGUUUCAAGAUCUGCUUUUUGAGAAACCAAGCUAAGACACUUGAAUAAUUAUGUAUCUUCACACAUAACAUUAAUAACGACGAGACAGUACAUACAUUGUUGUAUUUAAUGUGUUUUAUUGUGUCAAGUGUAUUUUAUGAUAUUUUAACUCUUUAAAAAUGAAUACUCUUUGUGUGUUAAGUUUCAGUUAUUCAAAACAUUUGGUUAAGCAUGCCAUCCCAUUUUCCAUUCAUUUUGGGUCAAAAGAAAUUUAAUUCAGUAAUGAAGCAAACUUUAACAUUGUCUGCUAAUCCCUGGAUAGACAAAUUAUUUCAGGGAAUAUUACAGAAUGGAAUUAUUUACUGGAGUAACUAUUUCCUGAAAUAAUUUGUCUAUCCAUUGAUUAGUAGACAAUAUUAAAGUUUCCUUCAUUACUGAAUUAAAUUUAAAUUAGUAGAUCCCUGAUAGACAAAUUAUUAGAUCCCAUAUCUCUGCAGAAUUUCAAACCUGUUCUAAUCCCAUAUGAGGUAUGAGUAGAAUCUGCAGAAUUGCAAACCUGUUCAUUUCAUGUGAUAAAUGUGCGAGGAGAGGGUGAACAAAUGAGCGAUGCUUCAAAUUUCAAAUCCAGAAGACCAUAAACCUACUUACCAUAUCUACUUAAGAGUUCCUCUUCAAAAAUAAAUCACCAGCAGUUGCAUGAAUUAAAUACUAUGUCACUGUAGUUUCAUUUUUAUUAGGUUUCUGGAUUUCUAUAAAUCCAAGAAAGAAAAGAACAUUCAGUUCUACAUGCUGAUUACAAUAACACACUCUUAUUAGAUUGCACAACAAAUCAGGGAGACAAAAGAACCAUUUACCAGAAAGUCGACUUGUCUGAACAAAAAAGCCAAAGUAAUUUAGCAGUGAGGGCUAAGUAGUCAUCGGGGUUGUGAGUUGAUAUGAGUCACGCCUACUUAAAUUGAAAGCUGGCAUUUUUUCAUCUAAUCUUUCACAGGUGCCUUCCAAAGGCUGUUUUUUAUUUGACAUGAUACUUCUAGGGCUCAGUUUUUAGUUUUGUGGCUUGGCAAAUAUAUCAAACCAUAUUAAGAUUAUUUAGGAAUAAUUAAACUUUUAUCUAGACUGGACAAAAAUGUUAAUUCCUAUAGCUUUGGAACUAAUUAUUUAGAAACCCUAUAAUGUUUAUGGAAGUUUCUUCUUACUUUGAGAUUUUUCUUUAUUGAUGUAUGUCUUGCUAAAGAGAAGAAAUGACUUAUAAUUUACUUUUUUUUUUUUUCUUUUUGAGAUGGAGACUCGCUCUGUCACCCAGGCUGGAGUGCAAUGGUGCAAUCUCUGCUCACUGCAACCUCUGCCUCCUGGGUUCAAGUGAUUCUCCUGCCUCAGUCUCCUGAGUAGCUGGGAUUACAGGCGUGUGCCACCACGUUGGGCUACUUUUUGCAUUUUUAGUAGAGAUGGGGUUUCACCAUGUUGGCCAGGCUGGGCUCAAACUCCUGACUUCGUGAUCCACCCACCUUGGCCUCCCAAAGUACUGGGAUUACAGGCGUGAGCCACCGUGCCCGGCCAUAAUUUACUUUUAAUAGUUGUAUUAUCCCAGACCCCUUGGGUAGGUGGAAGACAGGUUAUAAUGACUGGGGAAGUGACUUAAGCCAUCACCCCUUUUGGCAAAGUCGCUGCUGUGGCUGUUUUUGUUUCCUUCCUUUUAAGCCCCUUGGCACACCCUCAGAGUCUGGAUAUUCCGGUAGAUUUACCUCUGAGUUAAGGAGUCAACAUUGUAACCUAAGAUACUCUGUUUACAAUGUCCUAUAUAAAGGAAGUGACAAAAAACAAUGGCACAUGCCUACUGAGAAGAAAUUCCAUCAAAGGAUAAUAAGACAAAGCAGUUUUGAAAAACAGCUCAGCAAAUGUGCAUUGGUCUUCUCCUGUGGGGCAAGAAUCAAAAAAUAGAUAUUCUUCAUGGACCAUUGGUGGACCCAGCCCUCACUGAACUUGGAGUCUAAUGGAAGAGAUUAAAAAAAAAUGUGUAUAAGUUAAAAUCAGUGUAAAAGUGCUGUAAACCAAAAAUAAAAUUCUAAGUCCCCCUAACCAUCUGAAUGGACCCCUCCUCUCGGCAAGAUCAUUCGAAAAUUAACCUGCAAGACUAGUUCAAGGCCAUGAUUGGAAGUGGGGGUCAGAUGUGUCUCAUUGUACCCUCCUUCCUUUUGGAAUUCCAGAAAAGCCAACCAGCAUUAGGAUCAACACAGACCUUAAGUCUAAUAAGAAGCAAUCUUUUCUCUCUGAAGUCUGCUGUUUGGAGGCCUCAUCUGCAUGAUAACACCUUGGUUUCCCCUUAUCGUAACCCAGAUAUUCCUUUCUAUUGAUAAUAACUCUUUAAACCAAUUGCCAAUCAGAAAAAUUUUAAAUCUGCUUGUGACCUGGAAGCCCUGCUUCCAGUUGUCCUGCCUUUCCUGAUCAAACCAAUGUAACUCUUACAUGUACUGAUUGAUGUGUUAUGUCUUCCUAAAAUGUAUAAAAGCAAACUGUACUCUGACCACCUUUAACACAUGUUAUCAGGACCUACUGAAGCUGUUUCACCUUCGCAAAAUAAACUUUCUAAAUUGAUUGAGACCUGUUUCAGAUACUUUUGGGCUCACAAUAAUAUGGAAGAAGUAUGCAUAGACAGUUGAAAACACCAGGAAAAGUCAUUUGGCAUAGAGGAGUGACAGGGGGAAUUGGCAUAGCUGAUAACAAAAAUUCUUUUGGAAGGGCGGAAGGGAGUCAAGAUUUCUCUUAGGGGUAAAAUGGGCAAAAUUCACUGGCUGUUGAACAUUAGAUUAGAAAAAAUCUUAGACACUUUCUAAAUGGGCCUUUUGGAUCUUCAGUAUAGCAGGUCCAUGACCACUGUUCAUAUUU